CACGGUGGCGGCCGCACCCGUCGCUCCCACGCCCUCAGUCUCACGCCCCGCCCGCCCCCACCACCGCCCGCCGCUGCCCCGCGCUGGAACAGGGCUGCCAUGUGAGCCGCGGCGGCGCCCACGGAGAGGUCACGGUACCGGCAAGUGUGGCGACGAGGCAUGGAGGCGGCGCGGACGUGCCCUGCCAGUGGCCGCUGAGGAGGAAGUGUGACCUUGCGGCUCCCGAGGGGGCGAGAAGUGACCCCGAUGAGGACAGGUGAGGCGGCGGCCAGCGAGGACGACCAGCGUGGCAGCGGUGACCACGUGGCAGGAAGAGCGAGGUAGUGACGCCAGUCAGGGAGCGAGCGGUGCCGUGCAUUGGUGCAGACUCGUGCCGCGGGGCAGUGGGCAGUGCACGUGGCCUGCCGCAAGGUGUAGUAAUUGAGAGUGCCAUCGAAUGGUCAAGUGGCUGUCAGUGCAGCAACAGUUGUCUACCAGGAGAAACCUGGCGGUGGGGUCCUGUCGCCCUGAGUGCCGCGGCUCGGGCACUGAUCUGGCACAGGGCCACGCCAGCACCGGCCCGAUGAGUCGCCGCGUCCUGCCGUCACUGACAGUGGUCGACGUGUUGCUGGCGGUGCUGCUGUUCUCCCCGUCACCACCCCGCGCCCUCGGUCAACACGACAACAAGUGCCGGCCAGACAUGAUGCAGGGUAACGCCCAAACCAUGGAGGAAAAGUGCGCGUGCUUCUCGCAGCCCAACACGGCGGACAUGGAGUUCUACAGUCCGCUCUUCCCAAACAACUACCCCAACAGUACCGAGUGCGUCCUGCGACUGGAAGCCAAGCACGGUUACUUCAUCCGCAUUGACUUCCGGGACUACUUCGACCUGGAACCCUCGCCGAAGUGCGAGUACGACUUCUUGGAGGUGCGGGACGGAGCGCACGGCUACUCCGACCUGCAGGGGAAGUACUGCGGCAGAGACUUCCCACCGAUCAUCACCUCCAAGGGCCGCUACAUCUGGCUGCGCUUCACCUCAGACGAGAACAUCCAGUACAAGGGUUUCAGGGCCGUCUACUCCUUCAUGAAGAACCCGGAACCGCCACAACCAGAGGAGCCGCAGUGUGAGUUCGAGGUAUCUGGCAUGCAGGGGCUCAUCUCCAACGAGAACAUCACGGAGGAGCGGCUCAACUACACCAUCACCUACAACCACCCUAUAGACUGCACCUGGGUCAUCAGAGUCAACCCCGACGAGAAGAUCUACGUUUUCUUCGAGGUCUUCAAGCUGUAUGAGCCCAACGAGUGUGACCAUAACUUCAUGGAUAUCUUCGGCGCGGGGACGGACCUACGGAACCUCAUCAGCCACUAUUGCGGUUCCGUGGCAGACCCGCUCGUCAGCCCCUCCAACUUGAUCCACUUACGCUUCUUUGCCCUAGAACGAGCCCGGGAGACGCAGUUUCGUGUCUGGUACACCUCUUUCAGGGACAGCAACCAGACGG